GUUUGACCAAUAAAAUUAAAUUUCAAGAUCAAAAUGUCAAUCAACGUGUCUGAGUUGAUCCAGGUUUCAAAUACUGGAUUUAAGUUCGGUAACUUGCUCCAGGAUUCAAGGAGCGGGGAAUUAAAGGAGAAAAUCUACAACAGCCUGAUUUGCAUGCUUGCUAAUUUUACAACGAAGACGGCAGCGCUCAAGAAGUUAAGUGGUUUGCUACGUGAUGAAGAAGAAACUGAUUUGCUGAGAUUUUCUCCUAAACUGUAUCCGGCUCUGACUAAAAUAGUUACCAAAACUACAGAGCUAGAAGCAAACAGAAAGUUGGCGGCACAAUGUGUUGGAAUUAUUUUAAAGCAUGCUAAUACUGGAGGGGAUUUCCAGAAAGAGGUUUCAGCCUCUGUACCAUCUCUACUUGGAGCUGUACUAAACUCAGGAAACAUGAAGAUGUGGUUUCCUCUGUUGUCGGAUAUAAUGGAGAAAUUCCCUGGUGCUUGCGGAGCAUUCAGAGGUCAGAUAUUGAGCGCGCUGGUAAACCUGAUUGGAACCGGUUGUAUCCGCCGUACCGACCUGGGUCGCCUGGUCUGUCUGUACGCCCAGGUUGGAGGCGGAGGGAAGGAAGGCGUGGAGCAUACUAAAUCCUUCAGCACCACCUGGAAACUGGUUUUCAACACAACAACAAACCUUCUAAACGAGAUGUUCAAGUUUGUUCAGGAAGCCGAAAAACCGGUUGUUACUGGGGACAGGAUGUCACUACCAGUCGUCAGCGGGUCAAUGGCCGGUCAACUUUUAGCCCUUUCGCAGUUUGCUGAUUUGAUUGAGAUACUGUGUAGCUUACUCACUUACAGCUUUCCGCAGGGAAGAGAGAUAAGAUGUGAAGAGAUCCUGAAUUUGAUAAUGCGAGUACUCUCUGUUAAUUCUCAGAAUCUCAAGGCUGAUAUUCCAGAGUUAGAUGUUCUUCGACUUCUUCUUCCAACCUUUCAUCUUCAUACUUUCAAUCUUCUCAAGGGACUGAUCGUUUGUGUUGAAGACGAUAUUCUUCCGGAGAUUGCAACAAUCAAUAAUAUUAUCAUCAAAUCAUUUGACACUAACAAAUCUAAUAAAGUCCGGGAAGCUUUGUACUCUGUACUCUCAACAUACAUUGAGAUAUUGGGACCUGCAACAGGAUUGGAAUAUUGUUUGAACAGAAUCCUGCCUCAUAUUGCUCAGGAUACGACUCCGUAUCAGGAAAAGAUUUUGUUAGGAUCAAAUCAGCAUAAGGGAAAACGAAGCAAAAAGAAGCAUACUGGGGGUGCAGGUGUAGUUCCUCCAGUAUCCAGGGUUCAUUUAAACCUUUCUCUCUGUUCAGCAGCUCUUCAUUUUAUUGGAGUAUGUUUGGACCAGAUUGGUGCUUUGCUAUCAGCUGAGAGCUACAGAGAUAUUUCCUGUCUACUCAUUAAUCUCGGGCAAUCCGGACACAUAACUGAUUUAUCAGCAAUCACGAGUUUACUGAGAAACCUGGGUUCACUGUGCCGGAGCUGGAACCCUUUGUUCCGUUCCCCUCUUAGACUUUGUAUUCAUAUUCUGCAGAGAGCAGCUCUUCAUUCUAAUCCAGGAAUAGUAUGUGCAGCACGACGUGAACUGGGACUACUAAACACUCUCAUUCAUCCUCAGUGUCCCUCCCUCUCUAUCCCUCUCCUUGAGGAGAAGGAGAUGAGGCGGGUAGUUCUCAAGCUUCUGGAAGAUCAAGCCGAAGAUGACGAGAGAGAUGAAGAAAAUUUGGAAAACAAAAAUGAAUUAGAGUCGAGCUGUAAUCCUCAAUCUGAAGCUGUUGAAGAACUAUUACCUGUAAAGACCCUUGCAGCACCUCCCUCUCCGGUAAGAACGGCUCCAAUUGAUCCUCCAGCCUCCAGAAAAUCUACACUGACCAGUACUAAACCUGGAAAACGUCAUUUUGAAAAUGCGGCAGACGGCAAGGUUGAAAAUCUGGGAAGUGAGAAGAAAAAAGCCCGGGAAGAGCAGGGCGAUGAUGAUAUUUUAAAUGAUGUUGAACAGCUUGAAAACAAUGUUAAGGAGAUAAAGCGCAUGGAAGAAAGUAAACGUAAAGAUAUCCUGACUAAGGUCGAAGAUGAAACCGAAAGCCUGGACGUCUCGACAAUGCUGAAGGAUUUCUCCGACAAGUUGAACCAGAACCUGGUUCCGGACCCAUGGGAGGAGGAUUCAGAAUAACUUUGCUAUUUUCUUAAUUUUUUAAUUUUUUUUCAGA